CUUACGUGUUUGCUUUCGAUAUAUUAUCGAAUGGAGAAUUUGGUUAAAGAUUGUGUUUAUGAUUGGAAUGUGUUUUGAGUCUUGCAGGCAAUUGGAAAGGACUUUGGUUAUUAUAAGAACACUCUUUUGUAGAGUGCUCUUCUCGCCUAUAUAACACAUCAUGUCUCUCAACGUUGAUCUUGACGUAUGUGUUUUGGAGAGACCCAAUGUGUGUUCUUUUAAAAAGAGGAGUUGCUCCAAGUUGAGUUGUUCCUUGACGAAGAAGAGAAGAAGUAGCAAGGUGAUGUCCGUGGAGAUCUUCGAGGAUGAGCAUGACGCGGAGGAGUUAAAGGUGGUUGAUGCAUUCCGCCAAGUGCUUAUUCUCGAUGAACUACUUCCGGACAAACAUGAUGAUUACCAUAUGAUGCUUAGGUCUAUCUUGGAAUAUAUCAUGCCAAUGUGCAUCUAUGUCCAUUAUUAGCUUGAAUGUUUCUUCAUUUUUCAGGUUUUUGAAGGCUAGAAAAUUUGAUCUUGAGAAAACAAAUCAAAUGUGGUCUGACAUGCUCCGAUGGAGGAAGGAGUUUGGUGCUGACACAGUUAUGGAGGAUUUUGAAUUUAAGGAAAUUGAUGAAGUGUUGAAAUACUACCCUCAAGGACACCAUGGAGUCGACAAGGAAGGAAGACCGGUGUACAUUGAGAGGCUAGGUCAAGUAGACUCUACCAAGUUGAUGCAAGUCACAACCAUGGAUAGAUAUGUGAACUACCAUGUGAUGGAGUUUGAGAGGACUUUCAAUGUUAAGUUCCCAGCAUGCUCCAUCGCGGCAAAGAAGCACAUUGAUCAAAGUACAACAAUUCUUGAUGUCCAAGGAGUGGGGCUGAAAAACUUCAACAAGGCAGCAAGGGAUUUGAUUACGCGUCUUCAAAAGGUCGAUGGUGACAACUAUCCAGAGACCUUGAACAGGAUGUUUAUCAUCAAUGCUGGCUCAGGAUUCAGGAUGUUGUGGAACACGGUUAAGUCUUUCCUUGACCCAAAGACUACAGCAAAGAUCCAUGUUCUUGGCAACAAGUACCAAAGCAAGUUGCUUGAAAUAAUUGAUGCUAGUGAGCUGCCUGAGUUCUUGGGAGGUUCUUGUACUUGUGCUGACAAUGGGGGUUGCAUGCGCUCGGACAAAGGACCAUGGAACAAUCCAGAUAUUAUGAAGAGAGUUAAUAAUGGUGACCACAUAUGCUCAAAGAGAUCUCAAGCUGAUAAUGCUGGAGAGAAUAUUAUCUCUCAGGGGAAUAACUCUGCAGUUGAGGAAGCUCCUGAAACUGACCAGUCACAGCCCUCUCCUUGUCAAAAUGUCGUGGUUGCUCAUCCAGCUUGGAACAUACCAGAAGCUCACAAAUUUUCCCUCUCAAAAAGGGAUGUUUACGCCAUUCAAGAAGCUUGCAAAGCUACAAAUGAAAGUGGAAGGUCUCCUAUUUUCACUGGAGUCAUGGCUUUUGUAAUGGGUGUAGUCACCAUGAUUAGAGUGACUAAAAACGUUCCAAGGAAGCUAACCGAGUCAACUAUAUACUCUAGCCCGGUUUACUGCGACGAAAACUCGAUGAACAAGAGCUCGAUGCAUGGGAAGAAAAUGGCAACAACAACCAUCUCAGGGGAAGAUUUCAUGGCGGUCAUGAAACGAAUGGCUGAGCUUGAGCAGAAAGUCACAAACUUGAGUGCACAGCCAGCAACUAUGCCUCCUGAAAAGGAAGAGAUGCUUAAUGCUGCCAUUAGCCGAGCCGAUUUCUUGGAACAAGAACUUGCUGCAACCAAGAAGGCUCUUGAUGAUUCUCUUACCCGACAAGAGGACCUUGUGGCAUACGUUGAGAGAAAGAAGAAGAAGAAGAAGCUGGUCCGCUUUCAAAUCAAUGCCUACUUAACUAAUUUUUGUUUUGGUGUUUAAAAUGGUGUUCUGUUUUACUUUUUAUCUCCAUGUGCAGUUCACUUGGUAAGUGAGGAACAUGAGGAAGAAGAAGCCUCUAGUGGAGUUAGAGGUGGCCAAUGCACUCAUGUCAUUAACUUAAAUCUUACAGUCACAUUAAAAUUAAGAGAAUCUCCAAAGAAAGAAUUUUGUUAUGUCUCUGUAUAUAUAUAUCAUCCUUAGAUGUUACCACUUAUCCGCAUCAUAUGCGAGAUCAUGUUUGAUUUGUACAAAAGAAAACAAUGAAUUUAUAAGAAAUAUAUUUUGUAAAGUAGUUUUGUACAAAAG